AGUUGAAUACAGUCAUCACACAAAUGUAGUUAUAACAGACAUGUUUAAAAAUGGAGCCAGUCCGUGCCGGUAGACGAUUAGGUCCAGAUAGCGACGUGGGCCAUGUGGAAACAAAACCGAUCCUCACUAUUCGUCGUGUGUGAAUCUGCGCGUAUGCUUGUAGGUGGAUGAAAUGGAUGCACCCUUGAAGGUGAGGGAAGCUGGUCACAAGCUGGACAAGAAAUGCUACCCCAUAGGACACCCCCAUAUAAUUUUCAAGGAUUUUGAGCCUAUGGAUUUGUCAAAGCCACAGUACUGCCCCUGCGAAAUCUGCUCCAUCCCAUUCUCCCCUGCAGAACUGGUAGAGGAAGAUCCUGACAGAGGGCAGCCCUGCAUGCGAUGUGGAGAACAGUGUCCUGGUUUACGCAUGCACGGCUGGAGGAAGAUCUGUGUGCACUGUAAGUGUGCGCGUGAAGAGCAUGCGGUGCGCUCCGUGCCCGGGCAGCUGGAGAAAAUGAUGACGAAGCUGGUGUCCGACUUCCAGAGGCACUCCAUCUCGGACGACGAUUCGGGAUGCGCCUCGGAGGAGUACGCCUGGGUGCCGCCUGGGCUCAAGCCCGAACAGGUUUAUCAAUACUUCAGCUGUAUUCCUGAGGACAAAGUACCUUAUGUGAACAGCCCGGGAGAAAGAUAUCGCAUUAAACAGCUCCUCCAUCAGCUCCCAGCCCACGACAGUGAGCCGCAGUACUGUAACACUCUGGAUGAGGAGGAGAAAAAGGAGCUGCGCUUGUUCAGUCAGCAGAGGAAGAGAGAGAACCUAGGUCGCGGCAUCGUGCGCCUCUUUCCUGUCACCAUGACCGGCGCCAUCUGCCAACAGUGUGGGAGGCAGAUUUAUGGAGGUGAUAUAGCCGUGUUUGCCUCCCGUGCGGGUCAUGGCACAUGUUGGCACCCUCAGUGCUUCCAGUGUGCCACCUGCAGCGAGCUGCUAGUCGACCUCAUCUACUUCUACCAGGACGGCCAUAUCUACUGCGGACGUCACCACGCCGAGCGCAUCAAGCCACGCUGUCAGGCCUGUGAUGAGAUCAUUCUGGCAGAUGAGUGCACGGAGGCGGAGGGACGCCACUGGCACAUGAGGCACUUCUGCUGCUUUGAGUGUGAGACGGCACUCGGUGGUCAGCGCUACAUCAUGAGAGAGAGUCGGCCAUACUGCUGUACCUGCUACGAGUCUCUGUAUGCUGAGUACUGCGACACCUGCGGAGAGCACAUCGGCAUAGAUCAGGGGCAGAUGACGUACGAGGGGCAGCACUGGCACGCAUCAGAGGCGUGUUUUUGCUGUGCCCGCUGUCGGCUGCCCCUGUUGGGCAGACCCUUCCUCCCCCGCGGGGGGCUUAUCUUCUGUUCCCGAUCUUGCUCUCUGGGAGAAGACCCCAAUAACUCUGACUCCUGUGACUCCGCCCUGCAGUGCAAACCGACCUCACACAAACUUGUACAUCAGCAGCAGCAAGAACGCAAUGUACCUCUGCGGCCACCAGAGGGCAGCAAUCUCACCACUGCAACUGUACUUUCUACUGCAACCACAUCAACUCCUUUAUCAGAAAGCAGAGGCGUCCACACUUCAUUUUUCCAUUUACAAAAUGGCGGCCCUCCGCCUCCUCCUUAUGGACAAACUCGCCCUCAAAGCUCACAUUCUCCUGCCUUAGACAAUGGCUGGGGACCGCUGGCAAACGGAGACCAAUCAAACACGGAUGUACACUCAGGGCUGGAGUACACAGUGGAGCUGAAUGGAUACGCUGAAUUCGGGUCUUUUCCACCCAGCUGUACCUCCAGAGGAACCUCAACAGCAAAGGACACUGGGAGACUGGAGAACAGCUCAGGAAUUCUCACUCAGCCCCACCCUUCACCUGAGGUUGACUCCAUAGAAGAUGGAGACUUUUUCCCACCACCUCCACCCCCUGUGUUUAUUGGUCCCAAUGAUUUACCGAUCCUGCCCCCGCCUGAUGAGCCCCACCCCUCUCCACCUCCACCCCAAUUUGGGCGAAGCAGCACAGCCAGGGUCAGCUUCAGGGAGCCAAUCAGCUCUAGCUAUUCAGUGGAGGAGGAUGAGGAGGAGGAGGAGGAAGUGGGGGUUGAAUUGGCGAGGAAAGAGGAAGAUGAGGUAGAGCAGGAAGAUGAGGAGGAUGAAACUGAUGGAGGCUCGGGACACAGACUCCACCUUCGAGUUGAAAUGCCACCUCAGAUGGACCUUUUGGACGGCUCGUACCGUCGCAGCUUCCGGCAGGGGUGCACCAGCCCGCCUGGCCGAAGCCACCUGGUCUCGAACUCCCCCCUCCACCUGGGCACGGAGAAACACUUCCGCCGCUCCAGACGCGACAGACCUCGUCUAGAUUCCCUGGAGUGGAGAGGAGGAGGGAGAGAGCACGCCGCACGCCCACCCUCCAUCACCUCCCCUGGAGACGGAAAUUCCCGUUUGACGCUUCACUCCACCCACUACAAACACGAGGACUCUUGCUCAACCUGCUCGUCCUCCUCCGACUCUGAAGAGGAGGGCUUUUUUCUCGGCCAGCGGAUUCCUCUACCUCCUCAGCUGACGGGGGAGAAAGAGAGGGAGGGGGAGAGUUCACAGAUAGAGGGGAAAAGCAAGAGAGGGAGUCUGCGGAGGAGGAGGACACAAAGUCUCAGUGCGAAGGACAAGGACAAGGACAAAAACUGCAUAUUGUCCUGAGAGGAAGAAUGAUUGCGAUAUGUCGAUUAUGCUGAUUCUUGCUUUCGUUCAGGAAGUAAACUGAAACGUUUCAGGCAUUUUAUUGGAUGGACGCAGCAUCAAGUCGCAUCCGUAGUCAACGUUUAAAGUCGAUUUUCCUGAUUUUCCUGCUCUAACACGCCUGGUUAAUAAACUAGUAAAAUAGCUGCACACCAAACCAGCUAUAGUAGUAACUUGAUUUAAAUUGAUUUAAAAAUACAGAUGGAAAUGAACACGUGCAUAAUAAAACGUAACCUUAAGGAGUGACUCGGCAAAAAAUUCAAUUGACAUCACUUCCCCUGUUGUCAAGGCUUGUUUGUUGGUGCUACGAGGCAAAUGUAACAGUUAACAGAAAUGCAAUGGGGUCCAAAUGUCUUCGACCACUACAGAAAAUGCUUUUGCAUUCUUUUCUAAUUUAAUGUGAAAGUUUUCAUUACAGUUGAUAUAUCAUCAGCAUAAAAACUUCAUUGAAAAGUAGAAUAUUUACUGUACGUGAAUUUCUCAGAUGAUUAGUAUUUGGUAUUUCCCCCUGUUUUUGCUUUAAUGACAGCGUGCACUCGAACUGGUAUAAACUCCACAAGUUUGGGGGGGAAAACAAGCUCAAGUGAACACUUUCACAACGUCAUAUGAACACUUUCUUGAUUGGAAGAGGUGAGUCUCGUGGAAAAUCUGAACUUGUGUACAAAAAAAAAAAUGCUUACAUUUAAAUAUUGAUCGAAUUAUGAUCAUUUCCUUUCUUUGUUUUAAAAAGUUCAAAGCUUGAAUUUCUUUCUAUUUAUAUUCCAUAUAGAAAUGAAAAGACUUCUCGACGUGGUCUCAGAUUUUUGAAUCCGACUGUAUAAACCCAGAUCUUUAUACACCGAUCAGCCGUUACAUGACAACCACUGACGGGUGACGUGAAUAACGUUGGUUAUCUCGUUACAACGGGACCUGUCAAAGAGUGGGAUGAGUUCGAGAGUUGAUGUCUUGGAUACAGGAAAAAUGGGCACGAGUAAGGAUCUGACAUGGACUUUCACAACUGAUCAAAUUCCCCAGAUCUCGAUCUGAUCGAGCAUUUGUUGUGGGACGUGCUGGAUUAACAAAUCCGAUCCACGGAAGCCCGACCUCGCAACUUGCAGGACGUAAAGGAUCUGCUUCGAACGGCUCGGUGCCAGAUACCACAGCGCACCUUCAGAGGUCUUGCAGAGUCCGUGCCUUGACGGGUCAGAGCUGUUUUGGCGGCACAAAGAGGACAUACGCAAUAUUAAGCAGCUGGUUUUAAUGUUAUGGCUGAUUGGUGUAUACAAUCAGCACUUUGCUUCUUUUAUCCUUUCUCUUUAUUACAGUGCAACAUGAGACUUUUCUUCGGUAAAAUCUUGUUUGCCGCACUGAGGCCUACUGCACGUGUUCAGGUUAUGUGCGUGUACUCCGGCAGACACUUACAGGCACGUAUGUGCAAGACCCGGAAGUGUCUAUUAGAUCUUAGCCACAUGGUGUCCAAGUGUGUGUGACGUUAAUGAAUGAGUGUAGGGUGAGAUUUUAACUGAGAUAGACUUCCAUUACUAGUUAGUUUUAUCAGCCUUAUAGCUCUGGUGUACAACUAAAAAAAAAAAAAAAAAGUCUUCUGCCAAAAAGCUGUGUUUGAGCAGGAAAAUCACUUGUGCAUAGCUUAACACACGCUGUUAGAAACAAGCUCUGUUGUUCAUAUGAGUCUAGAACAUGCUGUGACUCACAUGUGGGGCUGUAAUAAUUACAGUAUCACGAGGCAUAUCUUCGAGAGAUCUUUCAUUGAAGCACUUUUUUAAUUUUUACACAGAUAGCGUCAGUUUUUUUUUUUCCCUCUCUCUUAGAACUGAGGAAUAUUUGAUGAUGAUGUUUAACCACAUUCUUUGAAAUACGUUACAACAACAAAUAUGUUCACACGCCUUCAACCGAGUGGCAGUGUGUGUGUGUUCAUCUGGGUGAAAGAUCAUACUAAUCCGAACACAAUAUCACCAGGAGGAAGUCAUUCAGGCUCUUUUCUUAGACGAGAGAGAAGAUCGCGAUCUCAAAGGCAAGUUGCGUUGGAUUUUGUUCCAUGACAAACACACAGUUCUCUAAUGCAGAACGAAUGCACAGGGACACAUGGAGAGAGAGAAAGCUACAAGGCUUGAAGAAUGUUCUGGAAACACUGUGUGUGUGGGGGGGGGGGGGUCUGGGUAUUGCUCUGUGUUUAAGAUCGGCAUGUUGAUUGCGUGAAUCUCCAGUAAACAUGGAAAUGAUAACUCUCCUUGUCUUUGGUUCUGACAUUGAAAACGCCCCCUGAGGCGUUGUGAGAUGCAACAACAAAGAAAUCGUGGUUUUGCUGGUCGACCAAAACUGUCCUCUUUCUUGCAAACAACUUAAUAGUAUUCAGAAAGUGCUUUGUGGAGACAACAAUCCUGUGACUGCGCAGCUACACAAGAGCCCUCGGUGUUUCAAACAGUUCUUCAUGCUGAACUUAGACGACGAUGUAGAACAGAAACGCGUUCCGAACCUUCCGGUUCUUCUGUUCACAUGAUGGAACCAGAAGAUGGAAUAUUGAAAGACACUGUAAAUUACAGGCGUACUUGUUCUACAUGCGCGGGUGAUGGUGCCGAUUUUACACUCCUGUGAAAAUAGCUUUAGAUAUGUAUGUAUGGUUUUUUUUUUUCUUUUUUUUUUUUUCAUUUUUAUCACUCAUUUUUAUCAGAGAAUAUUAUUUCAAGUAACCUUUUUUUGUAUAGGUGAAAAUAAACCACUUGACCAUUUCA